GAGGGGGGCGGAGGGCGGGGAGGAAGGGGAGGUAACGCAGUGGGAUUCGCUGGGCUGGGCUCAGAGGGCCGGAGGAGGUCGGCGGUGAGCCUGGGGAUGAGCUGAGCUGCACCGAGCCCGGCUGGAGGCAUGGAGGAGAUGGUGUACACCUAUGCCGAAGGGGACAAUGAGACCGACUGCGAGUAUGAGGAGUGGGGCCUGUCGCUGGCCCUGCUGCCCACCAUCUACCUGCUGGUCUUCCUGCUGGGCACGGCGGGCAACGGCUUGGUCCUCUGGACCAUCUUCAAGGGCGGGCGGGAGCGGCGGCGCUCGGCUGACACCUUCAUCGCCAACCUGGCCGCCGCCGACCUCACCUUCGUGGCCACGCUGCCGCUGUGGGCCGCCUACGCCUGGCUGGGCUACCACUGGCCCUUCGGCACGGCCGCCUGCAAGGUCAGCAGCUACCUGGUCUUCGUCAACAUGUAUGCCAGCGUCUUCUGCCUGACGGGGCUCAGCUUCGACCGCUACCUGGCCAUCGUGCGGCCGCUGGCCACGGCCAAGCUGCGCUCACGGGUGAGCGGGCUGCUGGCCACCGUGGCCCUGUGGGUGCUGGCGGCCCUGCUGGCCAUGCCGGCCCUGGUGCUGCGGCGGGCAGCCGUGCUGGAGGGGGACACCAAGGUCACCUGCUACAUGGACUACGGGGGCCUGGCGGCGCCGGGGACCGAGGCUGCGUGGGAGGUGGGGCUGGGGCUCUCCUCCACGCUGCUGGGCUUCGUGGCCCCCUUCGCUGUCAUGCUGACCUGCUACUUCUUCAUCGCCCGCACCGUGGCCACCCACUUCCGCCGUGAGCGGGCCGAGGGGCCCCGCAAGCGCAAGCGGCUGCUGACCAUCAUCACCGUGCUGGUGGCCGCGUUCGGCGGCUGCUGGCUGCCCUUCCACCUGGUCAAGACCCUCUACGUCCUGAUGGACCUGGAGGUGCUGCCCUGGUCCUGCGGCCUGCACGCCUUCCUCAACAACUUCCAUCCCUACUGCACCGGCAUCGCCUACAUCAACAGCUGCCUCAACCCUUUCCUCUAUGCCUUCUUCGACCCCCAUUUCCGCCGUGCCUGUGCCGCGCUGCUCUGCUGCCGCCCCCCCGGGCCCGGGGCCGAGCGCUCGGGCAGCUUCUCUUCGGGGCACAGCCACCCCCCUGGCGGCAAGGGGGGCCCGGCUAUGGGGGGCAAGCUGGACCCUGCCACCCAGGAGACGCUCUUCCGUGCCUGAACCCCCAAUCCCCAGCAGCCCCCGAGCUGGUCUCCUUGGGGGUGGCCCCUGCACACAUAGGGACCCCUCCUCCCCUCCUCCCCGUGCCCCAGAGCCUGGCUUGCUUUGGGGAGCCCUGUCCCUGCUUGCAGGAGGUGUGGGGGGAAACUGAGGCAUGGGCCGGGUGGGAUCCCCUCGUCCCCUGGGGGGCUCGGGCAGGAGCAUGGCCAAGCUGUGGGAUUUGUGUCAAAUAAAUGAAUUUUGGUUACAAAAAAAACAA